AUGAAAUCAUCAAGCGGAAAAGGCUCAUGCUCAGUGUGCGGCCAUCUCAACAAUGUACAUGUACGGCGAACCUGCAUUGCCGAAGGCUGCAAACAGCAAAUCAAAAUUUGCGGUGCCUCUUAUCAUUAUUGCCUGACUCUAGAUGGCUACGAUCGUCAUCAGAAUGGAGACGUUGUCUGCAGAGACUGCCCGCACCACGGGCGGAUUAGCAAGACUCAAGACUUCUCUCAGAGUCCUGUUGAUGAUAGGGAUGGGGAUGGCAACAUUGUGAUCGUGAAGGAAGGCAUCAUGUAG